CCGCCCUCGGGUUGUACAAGAUGGAGGGCGCCCCGCCGGCGCCGCUGGCCCUCCGGCUGCUCGUGUUCGCGGCGCUGCCGGCCGCCGGGUGGUUGGCGCCCGGCACCCCGGAGACGCCGUCCCGAGCCCCGCAGGACAGUAUCAGGAUUAAUGUAACUACCUUGAAGGAUGAUGGAGAGAUAUCUGAAGCACAGGUUGUCCUUAACGUAACCUAUGAGACUGGACAGGUAUAUAUAAAUGACUUACCUGUAAGUAGUGGUGUAACCCGAAUAAGCUGUCAGACUUUGAUAGUGAAGAAUGAGAGUCUGGAAAGCCUGAAGGAGAAAGAGUAUUUUGGAAUGGUCAGUGUGAGGAUUUUAGUUCACGAGUGGCCUAUGACCUCUGGUUCCGGUUUGCAACUGCUUGUCAUUCAAGCAGAGGUCGUGGAGGUUGAUGGCAAGCAAGCUCAACCAAAGGACGUUACUGAAAUUGCUAUUUUAGUUAAGAACCAGCGGACACUCAGACGUUCAAGCUACACGCGCCCGUUGGAGGAAAGCAUGCUGCACUCUCUGUCGCGGGGCGGUGACGCUCUGUUCACCCUUCCCAGCCUCUCCAAGAAAGUAGAAAGUGCCGCUUCCCUGCAGACCACCAGCCAGUACCUCAUCAGGAACGUGGAGACCACUGUGGAUGGAGACGCACUACCUGGCAAGCUACCCGAGACUCCUCUCAGAGCAGAGCCUCCGUCUUCAUAUAAGGUGAUGUGUCAGUGGAUGGAGAAGUUCAGAAAGGAUCUGUGUGGGUUCUGGGGCAGUGUCUUCCCACUCUUCUUCAUGUUUCUGAACGUCGUGGUGGUUGGAAUUAUGGGAGCAGCUGUGGUAAUAACCAUCCUAAAGGUGCUCUUCCCAUGGUUUGAUUACAAAGGAAUUCUUCAGUUGGAUCAAGUGAACGUUAUACCCAUGACAGCUGUCAACUUAUAUCCUGAUGGACUGGAGAAAAAAGCAGAAAACCUUGAAGACAAAGCAUGUACUGGAAACAACAUCUCAAAAAAUGGACUCUGAAUUCGUCUGUUGGCUUGCAAUCUGCCAUUUGAAUAUAAUUUUCUUUAAGUCGUUAAGAAUCAGUUUAUAGAGAACCUGCUAAAUUCCUAAGAGGGCUUGAAAAUUCACUUCAUGGUGCCAAGUUAAAAUUCACCUUACUCUAUAAAAGGGGUAGUUGCUCAGAUGAAUUGUUAAGGAAAAUCUGAACAAAGUGGAAGGCAUGUGAAGAGACUUUGAAAUUACCAAAAAGAAAAAGGCAAGACAAAAUGCCAGUGUGCCAAUAACUUUCCAAGGUGCCUUUGCUAAGAAAAUGAUCUCCACUUAUUUACUGUAAUAUAUACAACUUUAUGAAAAGCACUUUAUGAAAUUUAAUUUAAAAGCUCAAAAACUUAACACUUAUUUUUUUAUUCAGUACAGUGUGCCUAUUAAGUUUGUGACUUGGUAUAAAAACCACUAAAAUGUAUCAUGAUUUGAUUGACAUCUUGUCACUCUAAACUGUUUUGAGGAAAAAGUAUAGCCAUUUUGGUACAAAUUUAUAUAAAACCUAGUGAGAAUUACCUAUAUGAGAAUUACUUAUGCACAGAUGCAAGGAUAGCUCCUACCACUUAUACUGGCUGAACCAGGGCUCAGAUGAGUUCAUGAGUCCAUCAAUGUCAUGGAGAGAGUGAGUGAGUGUGUGUGUGUGUGUGGCCUUACAGUUCUAUGUAUACUGCUUUAUAUUAUGGCCUAGUACCUUUAACUUUAUUCCAUGUGAUACUUUAUUUCAUUAAAAACAUUUUGAUUGCAGCCAUCAUUUUAAAAACAUUGUCUGAUAAGCAAUGGCUAGUUUUGUACAGUUUUUUUUAAAGUGUAGUUUUUUGACAGGGAGAUGAAGACACAGAGCACAUGUUCUUAUCUGCUGGAUCUGCUGGUUCAUUCCCCAGACACACGUGCCUCCCAGGGUCUGCAUUAGGAGGAAGCUGGAAUUGAGAACUGAGUUGGGACUUGAACCCAGUACUCUGAUGUGGGAUGUGGGCAUCUUGAUUGUCAGGCCAAACGGGUACCCCUAAACCACUCUGGUACUUAGGCUAAAUAGGUGUGUGUGUGUUGCAGGGAAGGAUGACAGGUACUAGAAUGAAGGAGUGAUUUUGUUUUUUUAAAUAAACAUUUUUUUA